GGGCCCGUCCAAAACACGACGUGCAAACAGAUCGAUACAGUCCUGCGGUCGGGGCGGUUCGCUCACGCCAAGCCACGAGAAGACGUGACACGGAAACACGCUGUCCUCCUUCAGACGUCUUGUAAGGAAUACCCGCAGGCUUGCCUUGGAUUUGUGCGGUCCCCGGGAGCGCUGUGGUGCCGCUGUGGAGUGUUAUGCUGAGGAGCAGGGCAGGAGGAGCCCGUGAUUUGUUGUUGGGAUGCAGGCCUGUCCGGGCCGGGGUGAGACGGAGGGGUGUGCGCCGUGCUGCCUGGUGUAGCGGACACACAGGACCAUGCCUGGGCUACCUGUUGGCCAUGGAAUUUUACCUGUCAUCUUAUUAUUGACAGGUGUACUUCUGAGACUCGCACACGGACAGCUCACAGGUAUCUCUGCAGCAUCCCUACGCAGCUUCCAUGUCCAUGGUUGUGAUGGUGAACACGUGACUCUCCGCUGUCCUCAUGGCACCACCAUCAGCAUCCAGCGUGCCAUGUACGGCCGUCAGCUGUCCAGUCUGGAGAUGUGUCCGUCCUACGCUCUCAGUGCAACGUUAUCGGCAGCUGAGGCAGCCAGAGCUGCUGCACAGAGACUUCCCAUCAAAGAAAACACAAACUGUGAUUCGCCCACAUCUUUACAGAAAAUGCUGGAUGAAUGCCAGAACAAGAGACACUGCCAGGUCCAGGUACAUACUCAGGUGUUCGGUGUUGACCCCUGUCCGGGUACCAGCAAGUAUCUAGAGGUCAAGUACAAGUGUAAACCAAGUCAGUAUAAAGGAAGAGUAGCCUGUGAUGGAGACACUCUCAGACUGCGCUGUAAGAAGAAUCACAGACUUGCCAUCUACACAGCCAUGUACGGACGGGGGCAGGACGGCAGUCUGGAGUGUCCCUCCAAUAUACCUCAGCCACUCAAAGAAUGCAGAUCUCCCAGUGCCUUACAGAGGAUCAUCCAGCAGUGUCAGGGGAAGCCUCGCUGUGUGCUGGAGGCUGACAGUGGGGAAUAUGGAGACCCCUGUCCCAGGGGAACCAGGAAGUACAUCAGUGUGAUUCAUACAUGUGUUCCCAGACAGGUGCUGGUGGACAUCAGCUGGCUGACCUUUCCCCUGUCAGGUGACCACAGUUUUGUGGGAGACAGCGGCUUCCCUCCCGGCCAGCCCAGCUACAUACCGAGCCCCUCUACCAAGAAGUACGACCUGAUCGGUGGUGAGGAGGGGGUGGUGGUGGUACCAGUAGGGGAUCAGGACGGGAAACAAUCAGAAAAGCCACAAGUGAGAGAGGUUCUGAAGGACAACCCAGUUAUUGUGGAGGUUCCCUAUGGGGGGAUCAUGGAGGAAGCCACAGUAACAUUGUCACCCUACAUCCCUGCCACAGCCCCAGAUGGCAUUGGGGGUGGGCAGCCUGCCAAACUCAGGGUCUUCAGUGACAUCCUAGCAACAUAUGGCUACAUCAGGGACAACCCUGAGAAGGCCCUCCUGUACUUCAUCCUGGGGAUCUGCUCCGGCAUCCUGCUCCUCCUGUUCGGCCUCAUCUUCAAGCUGACCUGCUUCAGUGGGCAGGACCGCCAGCAGAAGGAGUCCUCGCAGGAGUUCAGCUCGCAGGAGGAGGAAAAUUCCGAGGAGGUAGAACACGAACACGACCACAGAACUGACAGGAGACCCGAGGCCAUCGAGGUCGUGCGAUGGAACGGGCGCGAUUACACGAGACACAAUCACACGCUGAACCAUUCGCAUCCCGGGAUGCAUCACGAGUUGGACGAGCCGCCGGGGACUCGGAGCUUAAACCGAUACUAUCCGUAAUGUCAUGUUGACAUGUGCAGUACUUAGUCUGAUGUCAGAGGAUCUUGCAGUCUUUAUAGCAAGGGUAACAAACGUGCAGGAUUAUCAGUGCUAAAUGCCAAACGUCAAGACCUACAAGUGUAAGAUAAUGAACACCCCUAUUCUGGCAUUGGAAGAGGCCAGAGCUCAGCAGUCUGCAUGACAUGCUGCCAUGGACCAGUUCACACCCCUGGAGGGGUGGGUAGGGUAGAUGUGGGGUAUCAAUGUGUUCAUAGUGCAAUGUAAAUAAAUGCCAAAAUGUGUACCAUAUUUAUUGUGAAAUGCACAUCAGAAUCAAUGUUUCUAGAUAUUCAUGAAGAUAACCUGAGCCAGUUAGCAUGACCUAAAUCCCAGUUCGGGAUUGCCUCAUGGCCUGUUAGGAUUAUUGCUCUGUGCCAAGCAUCCAGGGAAAAACUGCUGAAGUCCCCAGGCAAAUGACAAAUACAGAAAAUAAGAAGCAAAAGAAGACACAGAGAUGUUCAAUUGUGCCAUAUUGCACUUGUAUGGCAUUCUGACAGGUUGCUGUUGCAAAAGAAGAAUUCUUAUGGUUCCAUCUGGUGAAUGCAAAGGGAACUGCAGGGCCAAGAGGUGCAGAUGUUAAAGACACAAACAGCCAUCCAACCUUUUGAUGUGUUUUGUCAAGUUGUUCCUUGUGUGUGUGUUGGUGAGCUGCUGGGACUGUACAGGAGCAUCGUACAUGACAACCUGGGAACAGAACCACUACCUUGCUGAGGAACAACAGAAGACUACAUACAUACAGAGACUGGAAAAAAUAGAGUUGUAUUAUUCUGACUAAUUGCAAAAUGCAGAGUUGUGACCAAAGACAUGACUAAGCUCUGUGCUGAUCUCUUGACUGGGCUGUCUGUCCGUGUGAUUGACAGCUACAUCAGAAGACCACUUUUACCAUAUUUGGAAGACUUUGAAUUGAAAAUAAAAAGCAAUCUGGGCUAAAAAUUGGGUUAGAUAUUUGGAUGUCAGUUCUACAUGUACCACUAGCACAAAUUAUGCUUGUAUAUACUUACCAAGCAUACAAACACCAAAAUGAUAUCUAAAACUAUAAUACAUUUUGAUGGACACCUGUCAAUCACACUUGCAGACUGUGCUAAACCUUGUAGGCAGAUGCCCUACUCUGUGCCAAUACAUAUCUGUGAUGUACAUGUGUUGUACCCGUGCAGUGUUUUUACAUGUGUGUAGAGUAUAAAGUCCAUUUAUCUGACCAAAAUAACAAACACUACUCUAUACUGGACAUAAUUUUGUAAAGCAAAAAAAGGUAAUGAUUUAGUUGUAAACAGGAUAGAUUCAUACCAUAAUGUUAUUGCCAUCACCCCCAGUUGGCAUUUGAAACAGCUUAGGGCAGAGCUGGAAAUGGUACAAAUGUACUUUGAAUUCUCUACAAAUAUUUGGAAUAAGUUUAUACCAGAAAAUAUACCCAACCCAGUCGAACCAAAAUAUAUAAUGGUAAAAGAAAUCAUGAAGAAAAAUUGAAUUGAUCUUCCAUGAAAAGUGAUAUAUUUUCUUGUAUUUAUUUGACUUAAGGGGAGUUGCCCAGUGUAUGUAAAUUAACCUACAUACUACAGAUCACCCUACUCUGUAGGGUAUGUACUAAUUAUUGUAACAUUAAUAUCAUGUUGUAUAAAACAGAAGUUCUCACAUUACUUGUGAAAAGAUAAAAAGGAUAAUUGUGGAUGUUGUAAAGUGAAAAGUAUUAUGUAUGAAUGUUCAUGCAAGAGUUUUUUAUUCACCCAAGGAAAGCAAAGUUUUAUAAUGUCUGCUACCGUCUGUACUAUUUGUAGAUUUUCUAACAUGUUAGUGGAAAGUUCUUAGUGUUAACAGUUUGGAUGUUGUGAUGACGUAAUUCUUAGCUUCCACCAGAAUUC